GAAGGCCGGCGUUCUGCAGCCUCGCUGAGCCUGACAGUCGGCGGUUCUAUUCCUGGUGACCUCCAGUGAGAUGACAUCCAAGAAGGAUCAUGAGAGCGACUUGGAGCUGGACAAGAAGAUUGAGGCCCUCCGCAGGAAGAAUGAAGCACUCAUAAAGAGGUACCAGGAGGUGGAGGAGGACAGGAAAAGGGCAGAAGAAGAAGGAAUGGCAUUUCAGAGACGCAAAGGAAAAGCUGAUGACCUCACCAUCACCAUCAGCAAGUCCACAAGGGACAACCGCCUGGUGGUGACGAAGCCACUCGGUGUUGGUUCCUCAGCUGGGAGCGGACAGCACAACGUUCAACCUGAAAGUGGAGGAGAAGGACCUACAGCGGGCGUGAACCAAACCCCUCGGAGGCAACUAACGGUCACCAUGGCUGGAAAAAAGGGUAAGAGGGUGGUGAGUGAAAGGACAGAGAAGACGCCCGAGGACGUAAGGAGCUGUAGAGAGGACGGACAGACGAGGACCGUGAAGUCUACAGAAACGGGGAAGCAACUCAAAGACUCUGCAGCACAGGAAAAGGUUAAAGAGGAGCAGGAGCGUCCCUCGCCGCCGGAGCUUUCCCAGGAGGUGGAGUUCCAUGAAGCUACCGACCUAAACAUCCCCACAUCGAAGGAGGAGCAGGAGGAGUACCUGCAAUGGAAAAGGGAGCGAGAGCAGAUUGACAGGGAGCGAGUGGCACGCCACAAAAACGCCAAGGGCCAGUGGAGACGGGCGUGGGAUGUGGACAAAACCGAGGCCGUGUUUGCAGAUAAAUCGCUUCCUGACAGAACCUGGGGGCCUUCCAGCAGAGGAGGACAAAAUGCUAAAAGAGGACAGACGAGGUCACACGUUGACUCACGAGGUCAACAUCGAGGUAAAGACAAGAGAGCGAAGAACGUGGUGGUGAUGAGCAGUAAAGCUAAAGGCAAAGACCGCCUGACGGGGAGAGCCAGGAGAUGGCAUUCAAGUGAAGAAGGAGAUAAACUUCAGAUGUCUGAGACCUCCCUGGAAGAGUUCCUGGAGGAGCUUGAUGCCUUCACAGGGGCUAAGGUUGAAGAUCAUAAAACUCAGGACUCAAAAACGAAGGCACCAACCAGCACAGAAGCACAGAGAAUGUCUGAGGAAGUCAUUGUUCAUAAUUCUGCAGACAGGGAUAUGAGAGGAGGUUCCACGAGUGAGGACAUGACCACCCAGAGGGAGACAGACAGCUCCUCCCCUCAGGCUUCAGAGAAGAAGGUUCGAUUCUCAAACGAGCUAAUCCAGGAGUCCCGGCCAAGACAGACUUCAGGUUCUCAGGGCUCAGAAUCCAGAGGCCACAGGUUGCUAAAAGCUUCCUUGAGAAGCAAGUUCAAACAUGAGGUUCAGGGUCCAAGGCAACCUCUUGAAAGUACCACGGUGCAGGAUAGUGGUCUUCAGGAUCAGGGAGGUCCAUGUUCUCCCAUCCCUCUCCAGCAGACGUCUGAAUCCAUAAUUUCCUCAGAUACUGAAAGUAGGAAGAAAGACAUCAUGUCCUCCACCUAUGCUGAAAAAGUCGCUGGACAGGAUGGUUCUGUCCAACCUGUAGAGGUCGCCAAGUGCAACAUCAGCAACACACACGCAGAUGAACGAAUGGACUCUGGUUUGUCCGUGCUGACUCUGGCGUCCAGAGAAACGCUCCCAGCACAUCCCACCAGCAGUGAGAAGGCAAGAGAGCAUGGCAAGAUCGUCUGAUGGACACUUUUGAGAUGCAUUUGGUGUAAAUGUUGAAGUCAUAACGGAGGGAGAUGAAGCUUCGUGUUUGGAUGAAACAUUUGCUUCAGGUUUCUAAUUCCAGAUAUGCUGGAAAUGAUUGAAACACAAAACUGUGGUUUACUUUGCUGUGGUGUAUCUCAGACAAUUUGAGAUUGAGAAUGGUGAGAAAUGUUUUUGAAUGUUUUCCCUGCUUUGAAGCACUUUACGGCUGUGGUUAUCUGAAACCAGACUUGGAUAUCUGAUCUCCCCUUGCACGCCUGACAUUUGGUGUUAAAUUAUGAUUCCGCUGUGACUUCAUUAUCCUGAAUUACAUUCA